AUGACGACUUAUUUGAAUGGCGUCAGCUUGCCACCGUCGAAAAGAGUGUCCAUAUUUGGAGGCACGCAUGGAAAUGAAAUGACAGGAGUUACUCUUGUCAGGCAGUGGAUCAAAAAUGGAGCAGAAGUGCAAAGAGCUGGAGUGUUGGUGACACCCUUCAUUGCCAAUCCCAAAGCUGUGGAGAGACGGGUGAGGUACAUUGACCAGGAUCUGAACCGAGCCUUCACGCCAGAGAUACUCAGCUUAGUAGAGCGGAAAGAUUUGCCAUGUGAAGUGAAACAAGCUCAGGAGAUCAAUCGUUUAUUUGGACCAAAGGGGAGUAAAGAUGCCUAUGAUGUCAUUUUUGAUUUGCACAAUACUACGUCUAACAUGGGAUGCACUUUCAUUUUAGAGAAUUCAGGGGAUGACUUCAUCCUUCAGAUGGUCAAUUACAUCAAGUGUACACUGGGACAGUCAUCUUGUCAUGUUCUGCUGAAUGAGCACCCAGAGCUGAAAUAUGAAACCACACGAUCAGUGGCUAAGCAUGCAGUAGGUUUAGAAGUUGGGCCACAACCUCAAGGUGUUAUAAGAAGUGAUAUUCUAAAAAGCACAAGGCAAAUACUCAAGUAUGCAUUGGACUUCAUCCAGCUAUUCAACAAAGGAGAGGAGUUUGCAGCCUGUGAUCUUGAAGUUUAUGUACUGGAUGCAAGUGUGGAUUAUCCACGAGAUCAGCAUGGAGACAUCUCUGCUAUGAUUCAUCCUCAUCUUCAGGACCGAGACUGGCAGCCUCUUUGCCCUGGUGAUGCUAUCUUUCUUACAUUUGAUGGAAAGACGAUUUACUAUGAGGGGGAAGGCACUGUAUAUCCAACUUUUAUAAAUGAAGCUGCCUAUUAUGAAAAGCAUCGGGCAUUUGUGACAACCAGGAAGAAGGUUCUGCCUGCUAAAGGUGUCAAAAUAAGAACAGUUUAAUCAUCUAACACAAUAAGGUGAAACGUUAUGACCUAUAUGACUUUGAGGAGAAAAUAGAGUAACAUGAGGUUUUAGUCAGAAUCUUGAGCUUAUGAAGUUGGUGAUUUGUAGACUUAAAUAUCUUGAUUUUGAAUGUCAUGGAAACUUUAAAAGGCACAUUUUAUGAGGUAUUGGGGAAAAUCACUAUUUGUCUAGAUUCAUAUAUAGAUUAUUUGAAAGCAGCAAUGACGCAGAGUCAUUUCUUUCUGGCACUAAUGCUUAGGCUGCAAAUAAGCAGUUUAUCCUUAGAGGAAGGAAAUUAUUGGGCAAAGCAAAGGAAGGGUUGAUUCACUACAUUUUGAGGGAACUGAAAGUGAUAAUCUGAUUACCAUUUAAUAGAGAGUAAAUAAUUAGGAAAUCUGACUACGGGCGAUCAGAUGUCUUUAGUUUGUGGAACACUGGAGCUCAAUCGGAAAUGUAAGACUUAGAUUUAUUGAUGUAUAGUAACCUACUGUUGUAGUUCUUUUGAAAUAUUUUAGAGUGGGCAUCUAAUAGUAUGAAAAAGCUCUGUUGUCUAGAAUUAUUUCUGGGUGCUACAGAUAAAUGUAGAAUAGCAAAUGUCAACUUUGCUGUACUAAAUUUGAACAUCAUGACCAUUUCUGCUCCUUGGUAAUUUUUUAAUAGCUUGAAAACCUAAUGCAUGAAAGGUUAUGGAGAUGCUCCCCAAACAAAAGACUUGUUUUUUUAACUUUAUGGUGGAUAAUUUUUUAAUGUGUAAGCAGUUUGGCCUGAUAGCUAGUACUUUGGGCUUUACCGACAAGGUCAGUUUGAGCAAGAUUACUGUACUCAACAUGAAAAAAUGCUUGUACGGAAUAUUGAUCUUGUCACCUUAUGUAUUUGUCAGAUAAACAAUAUUUCUAAAAUAAGAAUAAAUACAGAAAUAUCUCAUGUAAAAUGGCUACAUAGCUGGAAGCUUUCUAUUCCAGUCUGAGUUUCUGUACUCCUCAAAAUGUUUAUCUGAUUAACCAUCCGCUACAUUGUGCCUUUAGCUGACAUUUUGCCUUUAGUUUUUCUCUCUAGACACAUAAUUGUUUUCAGUAAGUCCUGCAUUGUCUGUUUAAAUGGCAUCAUUCACAGUGAAUACUGUCCUUAAAAUAUUUGUAGGUAAUAUUCAUCCAUCUGUCCAUAUUUCUACUUUCCUUUCUGAACUACUUGGUUACACUGAGCAGGACUCAAUCACGGCCUCACGGGUUGGUGCAGUGGAUGGCCCAGUUCUGGACAGGGCAAUAUUCCAUCACUAGUUACAUUCACACUUCCAUUUGCAGUCAAUCAAACUGGGCCUUUUUAGUGUCUCAAACAAUCUACCAUGCAAAUCUGAGGGAUCUAGAAGGAAACUUUGGAGCGUGUGAACUGCACAUAGACAUUACAGUAUACCCCGAAUUUAAGCCAUGUCCCUGGAACUGUCAGGUGAGUACCACUAAGCAUGGCCCUGGGAUCUGUCUCUGUUCAUUUAGCACAAAGCACAGUUAAAGAAAAUUAUUGAAUGUUGGCAGUUUCAGAGAUGAGUUGAGUUGAGGGUAGUAUUAAAAUCUCUACAUUUUUGGAUAUUUUCAAGAUCUCCAAGUAAAAUUUCCCAGCCUGAAAGGUGCAUCCCUUGACUGAGUAUUUCCCACAUUGAUUCUGUCCAGUCUAGAGCUUACACUAUAUGAGCUAAAAAUUAUUGUACCUUCUUACAGUACAAUACUGUCCACUAUAUAUAAAAAGACCCAUAAGAUUUGAUACUGUGCUGCAUUAUCUUGGAAUUUGUUUGUAUUUGUUUUGUUUGUAAAUUUAAUUUGCACAAACUAAUAAGACAAUCUGUACUUGAACUUUAUUUGAGGAAGCACCUUUGAAGCUUGAGAAGGCUAGUGCCUAAUCACAAAAUGUUUAGCCAUAUCUUUUGUCAAGUCAGGGCCGUCUGACUCCCUCUCAAAAAAAAAAAUAAAAUGAAAAAGGAACCUAAACAAGAAAAUUGAGGCUGGCUUUAAACGUGCAUAGUCAAAAGUUACAAAAUAUGGCUGGCACUCAGUGACAAGAUAUUGAUCUGACUAAAUGCUUCUUGAAAUUAUUCUUCAGAAAGCCAUUGUUUUGAUAACACAUUGGUCUGCUACUGCAUGAUCAUGAACUGGCUCCAACUAAUCAUACGAGUGUAUUUUAAUAUCAACAAUUUAUCUAACAUUCUUUUAGGUCUUUUAAUGUAAAUGUUCCUCACAGUUUAAAACAAGAUGAAGUUUACUUUCUUGCUAUAAAUUAUGUUGGCAAUAUGUAAAUGUAUGACUGUAAGUAAUGUAAUGAUAAUUUUGUGUUCAUAUUUGCUAAAUGUUGUAUGUACAGUGAAAAUAAAUUGCGUUUAAAGUUGUUGAUUAAAGAGUUUUAGC